CUCACAUCACGCGAAGGGCUGCUCCACCACAUGGCUGGUAUUCUCUAUGUCUCGAGUGUUGCAGGCGAAGAGCUGGCUGCCAUAAGUCCGAAGGAGAUCGAAGACGUAAGGGCCCUCAAAUUGUACUUGCGCGACCUGCAUGGCUUUCCUUUCUGCCUGCAACAGCUUCUGCACAACAACAGCAUUCUGGAUGAUUCCUGCAAGCCGGAGGGUCCGGCAGAGAUACAGCUCGUGUUAUUGCAGGUGAAGUCUAAGUCAGAGCGCCACAGUAUGGCCUGCGCCGAGCUGCUGGAGAUUUGUACAGCACAAACAGACCUGCCAAAAACAGCGCGCCUGCUGUUGAAGGCUGGUGUUGACGUGAAUCUGUGUGAUAAGCGUGGCGAGACACCUCUCAUGCAUGCAGCUGCAAAAGGCCGUGAGGAGACUGUCAAGGUGCUGUUGGAAGCUGGCGCUGGUAAGGAUUUGCGUGAUCUGCAUGGCGACACAGCUCUGACUCACGCAGCUGGCAACGGCCACACGCAGAUUGUGCGAUUGCUGUUGGAGGCUGGGGCUGACAAGGACAAGCCAGGCUUCUUUUGGCGGACGCCGCUUGUGUAUGCAGCAUGGAAUGGCGAUGUGGAGAUGGUGCGGCUGCUGUUGGAAGCUGGUGCCGACAUGAACCCGCGCAUUCAGUACAACGACACAGCUCUGGCUUGCGCGGCUGGCAAUGGGCACACGCAGAUCGUGCGAUUGCUGUUGGAGGCCGGUGCUGACAAGGACAUAGCAGGUACAAAAACAGCUCUCAUGAGCGCAGCUGAAAGUGGCCAUCUGGAGAUUGUGCGGCUGCUUUUGCAAGCUGGUGCCGACAAGGACCGCCCGAACAGGCUCCAGUGCACAGCUUUAAUGCACGCAGCUGCUAAAGGGCAUGUAGACAUUGCACAACUGUUGUUGGGGGCUGCUGCCGACGUGGGCCUCAAGGAUUUGCGGGGCAAAACAGCUUUAAUGCACGCAGGUGAGCAUGUGGAAAUUGUGCGGCUCCUGCGGCAAGCCGGUGCAGCGAACGACGUCCAGGUCCAGGUUUCGCAUGACGAUGAAGUCACUUGUGCAACCAAGCGUAGCUACGAGCAGACGUCGGGCAGCCAACAGCCGACAAUACAGCCUGCAUGUAAGCAUCAAAGGACUCUUGAUUGA